UCAGUUUCCAUCACUUCCAUCUCUCUAAUUCUCUGCAAAUUAUUUUCACUUCAUAGCACCAUUCGCCGCCGUGGAUGGCGGCCGCCGCCACGUCAGACACUUUACCGGAGGCAUUAGACGACUCACUGCUGGCCAGCAGGCGUAGUUAUUGGAUUAUUAUUUUUAAUUUUUAUUUUUAUGGGUGGUUGCUUUUUCGUCAGAAAUUCUCCUUUGUUUCUGAAGUUUGGAGUUUGCGGUACAUUGAAAUUCCGUAGAAGUUGCACAGCUGUAAACUACAGCAACAUCUUCCGCAAUUUUUACAGCCGCGUCUCUGCUGUGGAAGACUGUGAUUAUUCCAGCAGCUCAGAGAGUGAAAUUAAUGUUUUAGCGGUGAAAUCUGGUGAGUGUCGAAGCACUGGCCUGUAUUUUGCUGUUGCUAGAGUUCUCAAGACAUUGAAUGUGAGGAUUGCGAGAGAUGUUUGCUUUUCUGCGACUGUGGAGAAGUAUGGCUUUGAUCAAUCGUUCUCAGCUUUUAAUAUGUUGAUGCAUAUAUAUGCGCGUGCUGAGAUGGAAACGGAGGUUUAUGCAUUGCUUAGGAAGAUUGUGUAUUAUUGUCAAAAGGCUGAGCUCAAUUUGUUUGGUGUGUCGCAUGCUUUAUUGUGUUGUGAUAGUGAUGAAGAAGGAUUGAAUUUUGUUUUAAAUGUGCUUGUGAAGUUUUUUGCUUUGAAUCUGUUGUUUGAGAAUGCGUUGGCUGCGGUGGCACAGGCUAGGAAGCUUGGCAUUCGGCCUAGCAUCCAAUCGUUCAAUUUAUUGCUGAAACACUUAGGGGAAGCCAAUGAGAGGGAAUCUGUGAGGACUUUGUUCAGGGAAAUGAAGAGUUGUGGACCAUUUCCUGAUGUACAGACCUAUGAAGUCGUGAUGAGUUUUUACUGCAGAAUGCCUCGUGGAACGGAUGGAGUAUAUAUUGAAAAAGCGAGUAGCUUUAUGAAGGAAAUGGAGAUAGUCGGAAUUAGUCCUUCUGUUGUAACAUAUGGUACAUUCGUUCUUGGGCUGUGUAGAGUUGGUGCUCUUGAGGUUGCUUGGUGCUAUAUCCGAGGGUUGAAAUGUAACGGUCAUCCAUGUGACUGUUACUGCUAUACUGUAGUUAUUCAUGGGUUUGUGAAAAUAGGUGAACUAGAUAAGGCUAUGCAGGUUUUUCGUGAAAUGAAGAGUUCUGGAAUUGCAGGAAAUGUAUAUAGCUAUAGUAUCCUGAUUGAGGGUUUCUGCAGAUACGGAAAUGUAGAGAUAGGUCUUAGCUUGCUCGAGGAAAUGGAGAGAUGUAAUAUUAAACCCCCCAUUAUCACCUAUAGCUCGGUUUUAAAAGGACUCUCGAGGAAUGGCUUCAUGGAGAUUGCUCUGAAUUUGUUCAAGAAGAUAGGGGCAUCUGGAUGUGAAUAUGACACUCGUGCUUACAACAUUUUGAUUGCUGGAUUUUCUGAGCAGGGUGAUAUGGAAUCUGCAAAUAGACUUAUAGAGGAUAUGAUGGAUAAUAAUUUGGCUCCUGAUUAUUUCAGCUAUGAGAGUAUGAUCGUAGGUUUUUGUAAAAUCGGUUCCUGCAAUAAGGCCUUGAACUUUCUUGAUAUCAUGGUAGAAGCUGGUUUCUUGCCCCGCCCUUACUUGUUCAAUCGUAUUGUACACGAAUACUGCAGUAAAGGGCAGGUCGAGCAAGCCUUGGAAUUGAUCGAUAAAAUGACAAUCCUGGGCGUUUCUCCUAAUGUGUUUACCUAUUCUGCAGUUGUUAACAGGCUGUGCAAAGAGCACAAGUUGAGGAAGGCAUUAGAGGUUAUUCCUGUAAUGCUUAAAUCCAACCAACCCCCUAACGAUGUAAUUUAUAGCAUCCUCAUUGACGGCCUUGCUAAGCAGGCGAGCCCGGGGAAGGCCUUAGUGUUGUAUACAAGAAUGUUGAAGGUUGGGAUUUGUCCUGAUGUGAUCACAUUAACCAUUCUGAUUAAUGUGUUAGGCUAUGCAGGAAGAGUGGGAGAGGCAUAUAAGUUAUUCAGAGAAAUGAACUCUGAGGGCAUAGAUCUCGAUAACUAUGUGUAUACCUCAAUGAUAGCUGCAUUUUGUCGGAAUGGAGAUAUGACGAAGGCAUGGAAUCUGUUCCAGGAGAUGACGAGGGAGGGUGCCUCACCUUCUGUUGUUACAUACACAUGCCUAAUUGAUGGAUUUCUCAAGAUUAGACGCACGGAUAUAGCUGACAUGCUUAUAAAUGAAAUGAAUCGGAAGACGAUCUGCCAUGAUUUGGUAUUCUACCGGGUCCUGCUCCGUGAGUGCCAAACGCUUCGAAAUGUUGACAGAGCGCAGCAUCUAUUCGUUGAAAUGAAAAAUAGGGGAAUAAUAACAGAUUAAAUACCUCUAGCACACUAGGACUCUAAAUAGGAGCAUGCUUGAUUCCAUUGUGUCGUAACGUUACUACUACCUGUGGUUUUCACACUGCAAAUUGCUGAAUAUAUUGUUAUUGGCGUCAACCGACUUUCAAUGGUUUGUUCUGCCCUGCUGAGCUCAGUGGACACAAGGAGAGUGAUCAAGAGCUCCAAAUGAAGUGAAGUGCCGCCAAAAACCUGCAGAUGUCGCUGCACUAGCUAUGCAAUAUGGCCUAUGAUAGAGUACGGAGACAAAGUAGUUUAUGCUCUCUUCCUUAUAUGGCCAAGCAUGGGAAGGCAUUAGUAGAGCAUUCUUAUUAUAUGCUUCAUGUGUGAACUACUUUUGUGCAAGUAUUGAUCAAAGUAUCUGUAUGCGGUUGAUUAGAAAUUCUCCCUGGAAAUCGAUGAGGAAACUGAUUUCUCAAGGAACGUGAUAUUGGCUCAAAAUAUGCCUUUCUAUUGCUGUUUUAACGAAGAGUGGUUUCGAUCUUUGCAGCCUUGCAAGAGUGCCGCUUGGAUAUACUAUGGUGAAACGCCGGUACAUCACUGCAGCUGGAGGAAGAUUUUACAUAUAAAGCAUUGAUGUGACAGGAAGCUAGAUUCUUGAGAUGCAUCUUCUCCAGCAUAAGAUUCUGGAGUUUAAUCUCUCAUCUGUUCUAAGCUUCGUCUUUUGGUUGUGCCCACAGGCCACAAAAUUGCUACAUCUCGGACGGAUUGGUUUUCUUCUAACUGAACAUCGUUAUUUUUUUUGAAGUUAUAGAGAAAACGAGCAAAUGAACUUUGAUUUUUAUGCAUUUGUGAAAUUGAAAAUUUCAAUAAUAUUUUUUGGAAUCAAACUAAAUAGUAGUACUAUAUAAAACAAAACAAACAAUGCUAAAAGUAGCGGUGGUGCUCACCUAUAUAACACCGAUACGCCACCCUGUUGCCGUAUCACGUAUCGGAUACGUAUCCGAUACCGAUACGCAACGGAUACACCGUCGAUACGUAUCCUGGGCGUAUCCGCGAGCUGGGCCGUAUUGGGCCGGGAAACCUCAGAUUCGAUACGUAUCCUUCGGCGUAUCCGCGAGCUGGGCCGUAUUGGGCCUUCAUCCUCCUCUAUCUGCAAAGAUCUGAGGUUCUCCUCUUCGAAAUCAACGUCCAUCUCUGUCGAAGAACUUCGCAACUUUCAAUUUACGAACUUCAAUCCGAUUUGGGAACAAAAUUGACAGUUAAUCGGAUAUGAAGAAGAAGAAGAAGAAGAAGAAGAAGAAAGGGGAGGCGCCGCUAUUGCCUCAACUAGGGAUUGAAGAAAAUUGGAAAUGGGAGAAUGAAUUGGGCAAGAAGUAGUCACGAUGGAAAAGGAGUAUAUUUGGGGCUCAUUUUUUGGGCCAAUUUAUUACUCCAUUAACUUUGUCUAAUUUUGUAACUAUAAAUAAAUAUUUUGAUCAAUAUUAUUGGUAAUAUGGAUAAGUAUAACCAAAAAAUCGAUGUGGUGUAAUCGACCAUAAAAGAAAUUGACUUUAGCUUUUAAUAUUUUGUAAUUUUAUUAUUUUUAUUUGUAUAAUAACAUUAGAAUAUCUAUUUUGUAA